AUGGACUUCGCCAAACUCCUCGCAUCCCAAAUCGCCGCCUCGAACCCCCAACCCGCCGCCCCCACCGCCGCCGCCGCCUCCACCGAGGCUGCCGCCGCCCCGAAAAAGUACCUCAAGCGCUCCGAGAUCGAAGCCCAGCGACAAGCCGCCUACCUCGCCGAGCAACAAGCCGCCGAAGCCGCGCGUCUCGACAAACUGCGACAGAAGCGGAAAUUCGAAGAAGAGGAAAUCGAGCGCGAGGCCGAGCGCAAAGAGAAGCGGCGACGGCUCGCAGAAGAAUCGAGAGCGCGGCGCGAAGCCGAAGAGGAGGAGGCAGAGCGGCAGCGGAGAAAACGCCUAGGGCUGCCGGAGCUGCCGCCGAAGCACAAGGAUGGGGAGGGCCCGAUGCUGUUGCUGGAGGGCGAGGAGGAUAUCGAGGACGCGGAGCUGGUGGUGAAACUCAGGGAGCUGGGGGAGCCGGCGAGGAUGUUUGGGGAGAGCCAUCGGCAGCGGUUGAAGCGGUAUUGGAGGCGUUCUGGGAAGGGCCCGGCGGCGGUGGUGCUCACGGAUGGGCCGAUUCCGACGUCGCUGAAGCUGGUGCCCGAGGCGGAGAUGAAGGUUGAGAAAAAGGUGCCGAAGGAUGUGGAGGGGCGGAAGUUCUUGUUUAGGCAGCUGGCGUCGUAUUUUACGAUGGUGCUGAAGGAGUGGGAGGUGGCGCUUGCGCAUCGCCCGGAGAGCGUCCAGGUCAGCUACCAGGGAAAACAGGCCUAUAACGCUAUGGUGCAGGCUAGGGAGAACAUGCGGCCGCUGUUCAAGAAGCUGGAGAAGGGAGAGAUUGAGGAUGGGAUUCUUGAGCCGGUGGUCGAGAUCGUCGUUGCAGCGCAGCAGCGGAGAUAUGUGGAUGCGAACGAUGGCUAUCUAACACUCAGCAUUGGAAAAGCCGCAUGGCCUAUUGGAGUCACCAUGGUUGGUAUCCACGAGCGUUCCGCGCGAGAGAAGCUUCACGAGAGCGACAAAGGCGCUGCGCAUAUCAUGAGCGACGAGGUCACACGGAAGUAUCUGCAGAGCAUCAAGCGCUGCCUCAGCUUUGCACAGACGAGGUGGCCCCCAGAUGAUCAGCUGCAGCUGAUGGGCUAAGGCUGCUGAGUCGUAUCUCCUAGCAACGUGGAGAGAUCUAAAGCAGUCCGAAAUCCGAAGACCAAUAUGGGCAGAGUUGUGCUCGGCCAUUAUGAUGAUUUUGUCUACCCUCAUUUGGAGGGCUUAGCGGAUGAAAAGGCUUGAGAAAACCUCAGGAGUUAAGGUGAUUUGGGGUCACUCGCGGAAGGAAGUCAGUUGGUAUGCUGGCGGAUGAGGUCUGAGAGUGGAACGUUGUCACCCAGUCACUUCCUGCAUCACUCUUACAUAUUGUGUUCGAUGCCAGUGGUACUCAAAGUACCCAUUUGUUCGAUAAUUUACAAAAGUUUCCUGGUAGUCAUCCAAAACCAGGCGUGCUCUCCAAGCUUCAUGGCUAGCCAACAAGGCUCACUACCAUCGCCAUGAGUGUAACCAAAAUGCCGCCAACCAAUCCAUGCAUACAACCAGCCCGAUCACGCCUUCGCCUUCUCUUUGCCCUUCUCCUUC